GACGUUUUGAAUUUUUUAAAUGUUGUGUGAUAAUUAUGAUGAAUAUCUAAGUGAAUAUUCUAUCUUUAAUAUUCUCACAAAAAUCACCAUCGUACGAAAGUUACGACCUAAACGCACCAUGUUGUGUUAGAGUCGACUGAAAGUUUGCCUGGUAAACUAAUUUAAGCGUUUGCGGGCGUUAAUGGACUGCAGGAUAGUGUAGAACUUUGUGCAAACAACGGACAAAUCGGACCCAUUGACUCGUAAAUUGUGACGAAGCAUUGUUCAGAUAAAAGUUAGUUUAUUGUGCAGUUUUUUGUUGGCAUUUCGACGGAUAGAAGAGUCGUGAUGUCGACUUGUGUUGUGGAGGAAGGACGUGACGAGGGAGGCGGUGAAAUUGUGGUUUGUGAGGAGGAGUUAACAGUAGAAGUGUUGCCCGAACGUCCCCGACGGGACGUACUUGUGAGCGCGCGCGGCCGGCGAGCAUGCUCGGAACAAGGACCUCACCCAUCAUCACAUCUCUAUACGCAACAUGGAACAUCGCACCUAUGGGGAGCUAACAGCGGACGACGCGGAUGGAGUCGCAAGCGGACGUCGGCGCCACAGAUGGGCAACACACAGGGCUCGAUGCCGCGCGUCGCGCUUGUCCUCAGGUCGCGCCGCAGCUGGCCCGUCGCACCUCAAUCUUAUCGCAGGUGGUGCGUGUUAAUUAGUGUUAAGGAGACGGCGAGCGCUUUGGAUUGUAGCGCGGUGACGGCUCCAAAGUGGUCGGAGGCGGGGUCUUCCGUUGCUGCGUGCCCUGGUGCGGGGCGCGCGCGGCGGCGCCCGUCGACGACGCCGACUAUGCCUUGA